AAAAGGGAAGGUCCAUAACUUUGGGGCAGAGAAAUAGAAGGAGGUGUGUGUGUGUGAGAGAGAGAGAGAGUAGUUUGGGGAAUGCAGAAGCGAAAGUGUGUUUCGGUGGUGCAACUGAGGAAGCUUCUUACUGCAGCAAUAUGCUCAAUAGCGUUCAUGGCUCUUGUCUCUGUUCAUGUCCAGCACGUCGUUCCUUCUUCCAAUGAUCAGAAGUUCAAUGACAAGAUCACAACGACUCGAGAUCUGCAAAGGUGGACAAGAGAGCUGGCUCCGCCUCAUUUAUCAAAAGUUCUGUUUCCUCCUCCAAAGUCGAACGUUUCAAGAGGGGUUUCGGAUUAUGAGAAGUUGUGGAAGCCUCCAUCCAAUCGUGGGUAUCUGCCCUGUACAAAGCCUACACCUAAUUAUACAGCUCCUGCUGAGUCAAGAGGAUACCUUCUAGUUCAUACAAAUGGUGGUCUCAAUCAAAUGCGUGCUGGGAUAUGUGAUAUGGUAGCUGUAGCUCGUAUAAUAAAUGCCACUCUUGUAGUUCCUGAACUUGAUAAAAGAUCAUUUUGGCAAGACACUAGCAAUUUCUCUGAUGUUUUUGAUGAAGAGCAUUUUAUACGUUCUCUAGCUAAUGAUGUGAAGAUAAUUAAGAAGCUUCCCCAAGAACUGGUUAAUGAAACCAGAAUUGUGAAGUACUUCAUAAGCUGGUCUGGUAUGGAUUAUUAUGAGAAUGAGAUUGCUACCUUGUGGGAAGAAUACCAAGUUAUUAGAGCAGCAAAAUCUGAUUCACGUUUAGCAAACAACAACCUACCUGCAGACAUUCAGAAGCUUCGCUGCCGUGCUUGUUAUGAAGCUCUCCGAUUUUCACCUUGCAUUGAACAAAUGGGAAAAUUGUUGGUGGAAAGGAUGAGGUUAUUUGGUCCUUAUGUUGCACUGCAUUUACGUUAUGAGAAGGAUAUGCUUGCAUUUAGUGGAUGCACACAUGAUUUAUCUCAAGAUGAGGCUGAAGAGCUACGGAUAAUCAGAGAGAACACUUCAUAUUGGAAAAUAAAGGAAAUUGAUCCCGUAGAACAAAGGUUGAAAGGAUUUUGCCCCUUAACUCCAAAGGAAGUUGGAAUUUUUCUUACUGCUCUCGGAUACCCAUCAAAGACACCGAUAUAUAUUGCAUCUGGAGGGAUAUACGGCGGUGAGUCCCAUAUGGCUGAACUGCGUUCCCGCUAUCCAUUGCUAAUGAGCAAGGAAACAAUGUCUUGGGAUCCAAUUGCAGACUUGAGGCUUACCUUGAAGGAAAAGUUGGCAUCCAUUGAGGAGCUGGAACCCUUUUCUAAUCAUGCAUCUCAAAUGGCUGCUCUUGACUAUAUUGUAUCUAUCGAAAGUGAUGUAUUUAUACCAUCUUAUUAUGGAAACAUGGCAAAGGCUGUUGAAGGUCAUCGUCGAUUUCUUGGACGUGGAAGAUCAAUAUUACCAGACAGGAAAGCCCUUGUUCGUCUUUUUGAUAAACUGGCUCAGGGAACAAUGACCGAGGGGAAAAGUUUGUCAAACAAGAUAAUUGAUCUCCACAGAAGGCGGCUUGGAUCCCCAAGGAAGAGGAAAGGGCCAAUAUCUGGUACAAAGGGCAUGGAUAGGUUUCGGUCAGAAGAAGCAUUUUACUCUAAUUCAUUACCUGAUUGUUUAUGCCGAACCGGGCCGCUGCAUCCAAACACUGCCUCUCACGUUGUUAGAUAGAUGAGAUACGGCUGAAUCUUUUUUCCAGGAAAUAAUCCUUUCGCCAAAGUGUGACCACAACAACAUCUUGUGUAUAGCUGGAAGGUGUUGAAGGAGCAGCGGCAGAGUGUAUAUAUACGUAUCCCUGUCACAUUCUUAAUUUGAAAAGAAAAUAAAGGAGAGGAACAAAACCGGAAGGCCAAAAAUAGAAUAAUCCAUAUUUUGUUUUUAACGUGCAAAACUAUGGAUUGGGAUGAGAUGACACUGGGAUGUGGCUUUGGGAUGAAUAGAUUUGUUAUUUAUUUUGUGGUAGAGUUUUCAGAGAUGGCUCUGAUUCUUUCAUCACACUAGAGAUCAGAAAUUGUUAAACGAAAGAACAAGUUGUUUCUUUUGUUCUUUAGAGUUGUAGUUCUUUUUUGAGAAGGGCUUAGUGCUAGAGUUUCUUUUUUUUUUUCCUUUCAUUUAUCGUUUCUUUGGAGACAAGAAAAUGUAUAAUAUCUAUUUGUUUUAACUCAAUCCUGGCAUGUGGCUAUUGUUCUACUUC